AUGUUCCCCUGCGACCACCCCCUUGUCCGCUCCACGGUCUCUGCCCUCGGUCACCCUCGGUUCCUCAAUGUGGCGGCGCUGGGGCUGGCACUCAGGCCUGGGGUUGACAUCCCACCGAGCAGAGUGGAUGGGACUCCCUUCGUCCUGCGCGGGGGGCGCACAGGGCUUGACCGCGCCGCGGAUCCCGCAGUCCAGUUGCCCGCCCGCCCGGGAGGCCGCGCCGGGCUACAGACGCCAACGGGCGUCUGCAGGCGCCGGAUUGGAGAAGGAGGUUUUCACGGUCCCACGAGUUCCCUGGCCCUGGAGGAAGGGGCUUUGGAGCAUCUAUCAACGUGGUGUCGACCACAGCGCCGGCGGCUUUCUCUUUCAUCUUCCUCCCCUUGCCGGAGUGAGGGGGCUAGAGUGGGCGGUGGAAAGGAGUCAGCAGCCAAGGAGAGCAGGAGGCGGGGGAGGGGCGGGGGAGGAGAAGCGACGCAAGUGAAUAGCUUUGCAGCGCCGGCUAGGCGCGGCGAGGAGAAGCGGUGGGAAGGCGCAACCGCUCGCUCACCUGCUGGGCAGCGCGCACCGGAGGGACCCGGCUGCGCUCUCGGGGGCCCGGGCAUCCGGACUCCCCCGGAGCCUUGCAGGCGGCCACGCUCCGGGUGUUCCCCUCCCGUCGGCCUGGAGGAGCCGAGGGGCCACCGGCAGCUCUUUGCUUUGACAGAGGGGAGGCGGGGAAAGAGAUUAAAUGCUCCUCCAGAAGGAAAACCGAAGCGAAAGGGAAGGAAAGAGGCUCUAACACGGACGUCUGCAGCCCGGGUUGCUCUUUAUUGUUUACCCUCCAGGAAGUGGACUUUUCGGUAUUUUCUGAGUCUCCUCGCACCUCUGUUGGGGCAAACGGAGCCUUUUGGCCCAGCUCUCCUCGAAAAACCAACUCCGAAAAAGGCAUCUGAAGAAUCCACGGUGGAGAAGUUUUGCACGGCGACGCGCCACGGGGCCCUCCUUUGCACUUUGGAAAGUCGUGUCCUCUCCGGAACCGGCGUCCCCGGUGCACAGACCCCAGCAAGGCGGGGCGGCCGCCCGGCCCUGGCAGCCUAG